AGUGGGGGCGCCGAURUCGUUACCAACGCAGUCUCGCCCACCCCCGCCCCGCCGAGUGGAGCUCCCGCCAUCUUGCCCCGCCCCCCCAUAGCCCAGUCACCUUUUCCCUUUCUACACUCUCUGUCCCCCACUCCGUCCCGUUUCAAUCGUGUCCCAGGCCUCAGCAGCAGAAACCGCGCCAUCUCUACCCCUACAUUCUCCACGCGGGACGCGCAGCCGUGCCUACAAGUGUCCUUAAAGCAGAGAUGAAUAAUACUGCAGCUAGCCCAAUGUCUGCUGCCACUUCAGGUAGUGCAAGAAGUACAGGAAAGGCUAUAAGCUUUGCAGCAGAAUUGCAGAGUAUGAUGUUUUCUUUAGGUGAUGCUAGGAGGCCUCUUUAUGAAACAGCAGUUUUGGUAGAAGAUGUGGUGCACACUCAGUUAAUUAAUCUGUUACAGCAAGCUGCUGAAGUUUCUCAGCUGCGGGGAGCAAGAGUAAUCUCUCCUGAAGAUCUUCUGUUUUUAAUGCGCAAAGAUAAGAAAAAGCUUAGAAGACUACUAAAAUAUAUGUUUAUUCGAGACUACAAAUCAAAGAUCGUCAAAGGCAUAGAUGAAGAUGAUCUUCUAGAAGAUAAACUAAGUGGCAACAGUAACACAAACAAAAGACAAAAAAUUGCUCAGGACUUUCUCAACUCUAUUGACCAGACAGGAGAACUUCUGGCAAUGUUUGAAGAUGAUGAAAUUGAUGAAGUUAAACAAGAAAGAAUGGAGAGGGCAGAAAGACAGACACGAAGUAUGGAUUCAGCUCAAUACGCAGAGUUUUGUGAAAGUCGACAAUUAAGCUUCUCCAAAAAAGCUUCCAAAUUUCGAGACUGGUUGGACUGCAGCAGCAUGGAGAUAAAACCCAAUGUUGUCGCUAUGGAAAUUUUAGCUUAUUUAGCAUAUGAAACAGUGGCACAGUUAGUGGAUCUGGCUCUUCUUGUGAGACAGGACAUGAUAACCAAAGCAGGGGACCCCUUCAGUCAUGCCAUUUCUGCAACUUUCAUUCAGUAUCACAACUCUGUUGAGGGGUCUUGCAUGAAGUCCUGCCCCGACUCCCCUGAGAACACACCACCUCCUACACCAACAGCUCCAUCAUCUGGAUCCCAGCACUCUGGGAGAACCACAUCAGGAUCCCUAGGGAGUGGGAGUGCUACACAGGACUCUACUAAAACCAAGCAGAGGAAGAGAAAAAAGAGCACUGCGGCCUGUGGUGUUGAGGCUCACAGCGAUGCCAUCCAGCCCUGCCACAUCAGAGAGGCCGUUCGACGCUAUGGCCACAAGAUUGGCCCCCUUUCCCCAUUCACAAGUGCCUACCGCAGAAAUGGGAUGGCUUUUCUAGCCUGUUGAUGUGACUGUGCCUGCGAUGACUGGAAAGGCAGUGUUAUACUGAGGUGAUCUCUUGAACAAAAUAAAAGUUUACCUUCUCCAUGUCCUAGGGAGUGGAAUGGCUUAUUGUGACUCCAACUAGCUGACUCCUGCUCUUUUCCAGCCCCCUUAACACUUUGUCUUGUUUACUAGAUGGACCAUUUAGCUAAUAAAUGGCAGGAUGUUUGGGAUAGCGUGUAGGUGGACAAGAAUGUAGAUCACACGAUUUUGAAAUUUUAAUUUGGCAUGGAUUUGCUA